CACGUCAUUCUACUCGCCAUAGCAGAGCUGGUUUGGAUGUUUUCUAGAGCGACUGUAAAUGUGUUGCUGGCAACAAUGGAAUGACGUUUUUUUUGCCCACGUUUACUGCGCGUUUUUACAUAUUAUUCUGUGCCCUGGUACUCAGACGAGUGCUCUGAAAUCGGAGUAGUUAGUGAAUUUACGAACGCACCUAGUGUGGCUACCUCACGUGCCUGUUAACAAACACGUAUUUAUGUUUUAUUAUGACAUCUCAAUAGAAUGAUAUAGAUCACUACAGGAUAUUGUCAUACGCGUGGCAGAAACCUAUUGAAAAGCGACGAUAAAACACAAAUGUCGUACAGCAAAAGACAGGGCAGUAUGCAGCCAGCGGAUACAGAGCAGCCAACGACGCUGACUCUGCAAGAACAGCGACUCCGCAUACAACAAUUAGAGCGGCAGGCCCAGGCAGAGUACAGUGCUGCCAAGGAGAUUUUAGAGAAUGAUCAGAAAGCCCCACAUGGUGAAAGGACCCUGAGCAGGUUACUGUCCAAGCCAGGACUGUCAAUGGAGAGCAUUGUGGAGCGGGGAGAAGCGUAGGCGGUGUACUCUGAUAGAGCAGCACAACGGGUUGCAGUGUUCUGUGAGGGCCAAGGGGUCUCAACUGCUGGAGAUGGAGCAGGCCAUGAAAGCCCUGGAGCUGGACUCCAAUACGGACGGAGACGAGCAGCACUACGACCAGCGUGUGAGAGAGCUGGAGAACAGUCUAGAAAAGAUGACCAUCAAAAUCACAGAGGCUGAGAGGAUCCAAAAAACCUACCUGCGAGUCUGCGACCACCUACAUCGGGAGGUGCGUGAGAUGCCCAUGGCUCUGGAUCAGCUGCAGAACUCAGUGGUCAGCGGGCAGACAGAGCUGGGAAAGGUGGCUCACAUGUCUCACACCGCAGUGGCUGCUGUGGACUGCACUAAGCUGGUUCAGAUGGAGAGGCAGCUAAUGGUGGAACGCAGGAUGAUGGAGAAGGAGUUGAGUGAAAGGAGGGGAGUGAAAGAGAAGGAGGUGGAGGGUCGGCUGGAGAGAGAGAGGGAGGGAGAGCGACGAAGCAACAAAGGAGCUCAGAAGUUGAAAGAGCAGGUUCGAAGAGGGACUAUCAGAGAGGGACUGGCUGAAGAGUCGGCUCAUAUCAGAGCCCAGCAGACCACCCCGGUCUCCACUACUCCCCAGUCCAUAGUCAAACUGGUGGAGGAUAUUGAUACUCUGAGAGAAGCUCUCAGCUGCACUGAUCUGCAGGAGCUGGAAACACGGCUGGUCUCUCAGAAGGCCAUCAGGGAGCAGCUGCACAGCCAAAUGACCCAGUGUGAGGAGCUGGUCAGACAGAGCAUGGAGACCUUUGCUGCCUUGGAGCUCCAGUACGCCCAGCUCAAGUUCAGCGCUGGGCCCAGCUCUGACAGGUUUGAGCGGCUGAAGGAGGAAAUGCAGGCGGAGCUUGAGCAGGAAGAGGAGCGUUGCAGACAUUGGGAGGACAAGCUUGGAAAGGCCCAAUCAGUGCUACAUGGGGUGGAGAAGGGUGUCAACAACCUGUUCUUCAGGAUGAGCUGCGUGCAAGUGAAGGACUCUCCCAGGGAGUUGGGGGGUCUGGAUGCAAUAGAGAAGCUGAGGGAAAUCGGCGCCCGUCUGCCCACACUGCAGACCACAGCUUCAGAGAAGACAGAGGAAAACACAGCUGACCAUGAGAAGGUGUGGAGCUUCCUGGAGCAGAGCACCAUGAUGGAGCCCAGGAACUACAAGAGGGCCAGCAGCCCUGUGUAUGACAGUACCUCAGAAGAUACAUUCCAGUUUCGCGGUCAGGAGGAAGACUGCUCCAUGUCCCGCGAUGAGAUCAAGCGUCGCAGCAUCCAGCUGAUCGAGGUGCACCAGCCAAAGAAGAAAGCCCAGAAGAGCAACACAAAGAGCUAGAGACAAGCUCCAGCUGUGGCCCUCUAUAUCCUACAGGAAGUAAACCUGAGGAAAUAAUAAACAGGCUCAUAGUAUGAUUUUACUUUUUUUUGUCUGCUUUAUACCGGAGUUUGUUACAGCUAUGAUUAAAGUGGAACUGACAGCGUUUUAGCUACAUGAAAUCAUAUUAUAAUCUGUUCAUAUACAUCCCCAGAAAGAAUGACACCUUUCGUGAUAUCCAAAUGGUAGUUAUAGUCUUGUCCCAUCCCUGCAACUCCCAUUUCGGAGAGGCGAAGGUCGAGAGCCAAACGUCCUCCGAAACACGACCCUGCCAAGCCGCACUGCUUCUUGACACACUGCUCACUUAACCCGGAAGUCAGCCGAACCAAUGUGUUGGAGGAAACCCCAUACAGCUGGCGACAGAAGCCAAUGUGCAUGCGCCCGGCCGCCACAAGGAGUAGCUAGAGUGCGAUGGGACAAAGAUAUCCCAGCCGGCCAAAUCUUCCCCUUACCCGGACGACGCUGGACCAAUUGUGCGCCGCCUCAUGGUUCUCACUGUCCCUGGGACACUUUUUUUUCUCUCAUUUUCUGACAAACAAGCACUUCGAUAUGGUCAUUUUCAUAAAUGUAUAGAAUGUUUGGGAAUUAUGUUUUGUAAGGCUUUUGUGAAAAUUAUAUAGCAAUACAGAGUGGGAAAGACAAUUAAUAGACUGCAGUAAAUAAAACCGAAUAAAAACAUCUGUCUUGUCCAGGACCGGAGUCUACACAGACCGGUGUGCCAUAGCCAAUCAGAACUACAGUAGGCAUUUAUACAAACACGCCAUUUGCCACAUGGGCCUGCAAUCAUACACUUUAAACUGGACUGUGUGUUUACAGGCAGUAGCAACAGUGUGACAUUAGAUUAGAACGCAUUUGCCAAAAGCCACAAAAUACACCUGAAUGGAUUUCUGCUAAUAUGUAAAUACCACUAGAGUCCUCUUACAUUUGGGAACAUUACAGUCCUAUUGAUCAAACAACCAUGAAAUGGUAGGCUCUCUCUCCCUCCGUUAUGCACAUUAACAACAACAAGAUCAACAACUAAUGUUAGUCAGGACGAAAUAAGCUAAAAUCUAACGAGGGAACAUUCAGUGAACCUUUCAAACUUUAACUAGUUGGCUGUAAAAAUUGCACGAAACGAUGGAGAGUAGUAGCUUGCUCAUCCUGCAUGCUUGUCCCAACCCAUGUUUUGACAACAGAAUGGCAACAUGCCUGCCUGCCCGCCCAUUCGAUCGAUGCCAAAUACAUUUGAUUGACAACUAAGAGAUAUGCUAAUUGUGGAUAACAGUCGUUCAAGUUAAGCAUAGCUAGCAAGCAAAGUGAUUCACAUUUCUUGCUAUCUAAACAAAUGAUACCUUGUAUCUCUAUCUGUAGCCACCAAAACGUGAUUUGAUUGGAGUCGGUCACUCACCCCCACCUCUAAUGACAUGACAUCCUCCCAGCUGCUAGCUAGCUAGAUAAUAUUAGGCUGUGUUUUUAGCUUGCUAAAUAAAUAGCUAGCUACAUAAAUAGAUAGCCCAGGGGUGUCAAACUUAAUCACCGGACAGACAAUAUUGAAAAAACAACGAUUUUGCGAGGCAGAUAUAGCCUAUUUGUUUUUACAAAAAAACUCAGAUGCAAACUGGCUUUUGUUUUAUAAGAAGAAAAUGUCCCUUUUAUCAUUUCCAUUUAUAGGAUGAUGGAUAUAGCAUUUUAACAUAUUAAAACCAAAGAGAGAAAUAGUAUUUGUCCAGCCUUUGUUACUAUGCUUGCAGAUGUUCACAAUAUUCUGUGACCACAAUCGAAAUGUAUUUAACAACUCAAAAUAACAAAAAUAUGGCUAUAGAUUGUUGUUACAUUUGAACUUGAAAUAUGUUUGUUUUUUAAAAUUGCACAGCUUGGAUCACCUGUGUGGGUGAAUGCAACAUUGCUGUAUGGUGCACUCCAAAUGUAUGGUAGUUGAGUAGUCAGCCUAAGAUACUACACAAAUGUUGCUGUAAUAGCCCUUCAUGUUUCUCCUUUGCAUGGUGUUUUGUUGCAGGUUUAGUUUUUGGUUAUUCAUUGUCAAGCUUCUAAAACCUCUUAAGGAUCGGUCCCUUUUUUUCAAUAUUCACCUAAAAUGACAUCUAACUGCCUGUAGCUCAGGACCUGAAACAAGGAUAUGCAUAUUCUUGAUACCAUUUCAAAGGAAACACUUUGAAGUUUGUUUAAAUGUCAAGUUAAUAUAGGAGAAUAUAACACACUAGAUCUAGUAAAAUAUGAUCCCAACCCCAAAAAACUCAGAUUUUUUAUUUUUUUGUACCAUCUUUGAAAUGCAAGAGAAAGGCCAUAAUGUAUUAUAAUGUACAAACCUGACUCAGUUCCACCAGCUCUGUCAGGAGGAAUGGGCCAAAAUUCA